AUUGCGUUCGUAUAAAAACAACCAAUCAGCGCCUCGCUUACUUCUCCUCUGUAAAGUAUUAUGGGAUAUGGACUUCGCGCCAUGUUGGGUCCCCUGAUCGUCCAAUUUCGUCCCCGGCUUUUCUCGAUAUAUCGGAAAAUUUGAUUAAAAGUACAACAAAUUCCGAGUAUUUGCAGAUAUCACCAAGUUCUAGAAGACCCAGGGAGCAGCCAUGGCCGGGAUGGAGGCCGUACGGUCUUUUAAUAACGAGUUGUCCUCUAUUUACGAGUGCAAGCCACCAAUCUCUCGGGCUAAGAUGACAGCUGUCACCAAGGCGGCUAUCAAAGCCAUCAAGUUUUACAAGCAUGUGGUUCAGAGUGUGGAAAAGUUCAUUCAGAAGUGUCGUCCAGAGUACAAAGUACCGGGUCUGUAUGUGAUUGACUCCAUUGUGCGCCAGUCGCGACACCAGUUCGGAGCCGACAAGGACGUAUUCGCGCCUCGCUUUGCAAAGAACGUCACAUUGACGUUUCAGCACCUCUUCAAAUGUCCCCCGGAGGAUAGGGCUCGGGUUGUCCGUGUGCUGAACCUGUGGCAGAAGAACCAUGUGUUCAAAGUGGAAGUGAUCCAGCCUCUGUUGGACAUGGCUGACCCUGAAAGAGCCAAACAGAUGCAGCCAGCAGAACCAGAGCAGGGAAAGCACACCCAAGCCACGACACCACAGCCAUCCUCCUCCUCCACUUCCAUGGCACCUAUAGGAGAAACAGCUGCUGUCCCAGAGACUGCUGACCCUCUGAAGGCUGUACAACAACUACUGCUGGGCGGGGCACCUCCUGUACAGCAGGCUGUUCCCUCGACAGAACAGCUGCAGCAGCUGCUCCAACUGCAGCAGAGUCUGCAGAAAACCCUGCAGCAGGCACACACCACUGGUAUGAUGGGUGCCCCUGGUGGAGGCCCCAGCACUGCCACCCCACCUAAACCUAAGGGCUUUAACAAGGCUCUUCUGGAUGACUUUGAUUAUGGAGAUGAGGAUGAAGAAGACAGUAGAGACACAGGGAAGUACCAGACUCCCCAGGAACCUCCCCAGCCCACCCCUCCUCAGCACCAACACAGUGUUCAGAGCAUCCUUGCCAGCCUGCCUAACGCAGACCUGCUGCAGCAGCUGCAGAAACAGUUAGCCCAGGCGCAGACAUCUCAGGCCUCCAGCCUGCCGUCUGCCGCCCCCGCGCCCUUCCCAGAUUUCCUCAAGCAGCAGGUCCUCCAGCAGCAACAAGAUGAGUUCGACAAGGAGAUACAGCAGGUCUCUCACCUAUCACAGCCUCCCAAGGAACCGCCUUCCCAGGGUGCACCACCCCAGAUGCAGCCGCCACAGAACCAAGGCCCCCCUCCACAGAUGCCCUGGGAAUGCCCCCUGGCAUGGGGGUUCCCCCCUAACAUCCCCCCUCCGGGCCAGUUUCCGCAGGGGGCGUUCCCACCUGGUAUGCCUCCCAGGUUCCCCCCACCCGGGCUGCCACCCCCUCAGCAAUCCUUCCUACAGGCGAGCCAGGCACAGAGGCCGCCGCCGUUUAACGACGUCCCGCCACCAGCGCAGCAGCUGCAGCACAAUCGCGAGGAACAACCGCAGAUAUUCGAGGAGCCAUCCUGGGACAGGGAGAGAGACAGGCCGCCCUCGUCUCCGGUCAAGGAGAGGGAAAAGGAGAGUAGAGAUCAGGAAAGGUCUUCAAAGGAUCGUUCCAGUUCAAGAAGCAGAAACCGCAGGUCUCGUUCCCGCGAUCGUGAUCGCGACAGAGAUCGCCGCAGGUCGCGGAGGUCCAGAUCGCGGUCUCGGGACCGCAGGCGUAGGCGGUCUCGCUCUCGGAGCGCCGAGCGGCGCAGGAAGGAAAGAGAAGAAGACCGGGAGAGGGAACGGGAUCGAGAGAGGGAGAGGGAAAGAGAGAAGAAGGGAUUGCCUCCGGUGAAGAAAAAGUCCCUUUGCAUCUGCAGCACUACCUUGUGGGUUGGCCACCUGGACAAAAAGACAACAGAUGUUGAGCUGCGCAACAUUUUUGAAGCAGUUGGGCCUGUUCAAUCCAUUGAUUUGAUUCCACCUCGGGGAUGUGCGUAUGUCUGCUACGAGACCAGACUAGACGCACACACUGCUCUCAGCAAACUCAAGAACCUGCGGGUGGGCAACAGGCAGCAACCAGUACAGAUGGCGUGGGCUCCAGGGAAAGGUGUGAAAGGGAAGGAGUACAAGCAGUACUGGGACGACCAUGCGGGGACGACAUACCUGCCCUGGGAGAAACUGGAGGGAAAAGAUAUGGAGAGCCUGGCAGAGGGGGGCUACGUUGACAAUGAAACACUGCCCCCUGACCAAAAGAAGGAUGUCGCUCCCAGUGAGUCGGGCAGCCAGGAAAGCCAGGAGCAGAAGAAGGACCUGGGAGAGAUGUCCCAAGACGAGCUGCUGGCCUUGGUGCCUGACAAGCCCCCCGCUGCCAGCCAGCCAGCCACGGCCGCCUCCGUACCCUCACUACCAACAUCCAUGGCACAGAUGCCUGUGAUGCCUAACCCUGCUGUAGUCCCCACCAUGGUGCCCGGGUUGAUACGACCCAUGGGUUUCCCACAAGGCGUACCACCUCCCGGGUUUCCUGCCUUUAACCCAGCCGUCCCGCCCCCAGGGAUGGCGCCUUUUGCUGCUAUGCCACCCGGGUUUAACCCCAACCAGCCUCCCCCCGGCAUGCCUCAGAUGGUUCCGCCCCCAGCAGUGCCGCCGAGCAGCUCGGGAGCUCCGACAUCAACCACAACCUCCUCAGGGCCAAACCCCCUCACCCCAGCACAGGCCGUUGCAGUCAGCACCGUCACAAGCCUCAUAAACCAGCAGCGAGAGCAGCAACAGAACUCUGGGUUUGGUCUGAUGCGACCCAUGCAGAACCUCACCCCGGGCAUGGGUGGUGCCGGCUCCGCGUCAGGACGACCCCCACUGCUGAACACACCCACGGGGAUGGGGCUCAUGCAGCAGAACCAGGCUGUCCGCCCCGGGUUAAACCAGGCUCUUGCUGGCGCCAUGAACCAGAUCAAUCCAUCCCAGCAGAACGCUGGCUUCAACGCAGGGCAAGUGACGCCGACGAAAGAACGACCAGACAGCAGCCCCUUCCCCGAUGAGAAGACCUCCCCGGGUCCGUUCAGCCCCAGGCAGCCGGGCGGGCCCAUGCAGAACCAGUUCCGCAGCCCAACUCCCAGCAUGCCGGGCCAGAUGCAGGGCGGGCUGAACCAACCACGACCUAUGGGCCGCGGCCAGGCACCUAAUCAGAUGCAAGGGCUGCCAUUUGGCCAACAGCAGAACCUCCCAGGGAUAAGAAUGAACAUAGGAAGCCCCAUCCGUGCCAGCGGGCCCGGUGGAAUGGUAGCCAAUGCCAACACCACGAUGGCCCAGCAGAUGCCCAUGUCUUCAGGAGCGCCCAUGACACCAUCUAACAUGCCCAACGCUCGCGGCAUGGCUCCGGGAGGUAUGGGAGGUCCCCGUCCGCUGGUAGCAGGACUGGCUGUAGGUGGACAGCCCCGACCUCUCCUCGCAAGUCCACGCAUGCAGGGCCCACCAGGGAUGAUGCCACAAGCUGGCAUUAUGGGGCCUGGGAUCAGAAAUAUGAUGCCAGGACAGCGGAUGCCCAUCAGAAUGGGGAUGCGACCAGGUGUCCCCGGACAAUUGAUUGCAGGCAUGCAGGGGCCUGGCGGUCCCAUGGCCUUUAACCAACAGGGGCCGAUGAGAUUCCAGGGACAGACUCGACCAACAGGACCGCAGGGCCCAAUGGGAGGAUUCCGUGGACCACGUCCUCUUCUGGGUAACCCCAUGGGAGGGAUGGGCGGUGAAGGGGGACCAAACUUCCGAGGCCCAGGGGAAGGCAGAGUUUCACGAUUCGAGGAUAAAGAUCCUGUUAUGAAUAACCUAGGGGCAGGGGACAUAGACGAACGUUUUGCAGAGGGACCUCCUGGACAGAAGCGCCCCAUGGACGAUGGACAAGAACCAUUUGAACCAGAGGGAAGGGAUUGGAAGAGAGGUCGCGAUGAGAGGUGGGGACGGGGAGGUUUCCAUGAUCGUGAUGACCGUGAAAGGGACAGAGACUUCCGCGACCGCGGCAGAGACAACCGCGAUCACCGUGAGCACAACUGGCACCGUGAUGACCGCAACCAGAUGGACGAGGGAGAGUCUGGUGGGAGUGGAGAGAGAAGAGGGAGUUUCUUCCGCCGUGCUGAUCGUGAUCGUGAUCAUGACCAUAGGAACCGCUACGACAGCCGAGAUCGCAGUAGAGAAAGACGCGACAGCGGUGGUCGAGACAGCGGCAGCCGAGACAGACGAGAAAGUGAGAAGCGCGAAAGCACAAGUCGUACCCGACAGGAUUCUCAAAGUAACGAUAAACAACCAUCCAAGGAGGGUGGAAAAGGAGACAACCUAAGGUCAAGGCUAUUGAAUCUUGCCCAAAUGCCUCAAUCUGCUAAAAACAACGCAGAAGACAAGGCUGAAGAAAAACCCCAGGAAAAUGAUAUCAAACAAGAUCACCCAGUCCCUGAGGACCUGCCGCCAGUGAAAGAUGAAGUCGUGCCGGAGGAAAAGAAACAAGCCCCAGCUGUGAAUGAGGAGGAACUGGCUGAAAAGCCGGCUGUACCGCCUGCAAUGCAACCUGAACCUGCAGUAAAAGAAGUAGACAAAGAACCACCGGUUAUUUCUGAGGUCCCUCCCGUGAUCGCAGAUAAGCCAGCUGUCGAAACAGAGGACAUCCCUCCUGUAAAAACACAGGACGUCCCUCUUGUAAAGGAAGUGUUAGACGCUUCUAAUCCUGACCCUUCAGAAUCCAACUCUGUUCCCAAACCAGAAAUUGUGCCCGACCCGAUCCCAACCAAAGAGGAAGUCCAGGCGGAGUAAACUAUGUGCAAAAGUACUUCUCAUGAAAACAUUGUGUGCGUGGAAGCACCUUUUUGUUGAGCAAUGGGUAGUGAUGAUCAAGUAUGGACAAAGACGCAUGUUUUGUUGGAAGGAUUUUUUAUUAUUUCUGAUAUCAGGACCACGUAUGAUGCUGCAAUUAAGUCUGUGUCCGAGAAGAUUUUAUGUGCAGAGUUGUUACACGUUUGCACGUUUUGUCUCCUGGAUAUGUGUUGUCCUUAAAGCCAGUGUUUCCCCGCAAAUUUUUUUUUAACGAAUAAAUCUCUAUUUUGUGAUAGAUCGGUUCUUGAGGGUUCAUUUUGGGCACUGUCUUGGAUAUGAAGUAAACAAAGUUCAUUGAGGAGAGAACAAAGUGGUACUAGGGCACAUGGCAUCCACCUGUGAAAGUUUGCUACACUGGUACCUUUGCAACAUACCAAUUAUACUUGAUUGUUGAGGCUUGGCCUAUGGAGAGCCAAGUUCAAGCUACCCUGAUUACUUAGGGUACCAAUAGAAAAGGCCAGGGUCUAAAUGUGAGCCUGUUGCAAGUAGAAUAAGUUGCAGUUGUUAGGCAUGAGAAUUGUAAGAAAAUCAAAUUGUACAUUGAUAGACUUCUCUUGGCUAUGUUUUGGCAAUGGUAGUUUGUAUACUGAAAAAAUUCUAUCCAUAUACUAGAUUUUCUGUUUUUCAGCUCUCAUGCCUGAUUGACUGUUAAAUGGGAAAAAAUAUGGUAGCU